AUGGUCACGUGUCUGUACUGUGGUACUGAUGGAGAUCACUCAGUCUUCUCCCACUCCAGGUGCCUUCAGGACAAUGAGUGGAACUACAUCAAAGCUGCUCAGGUCUUCGCUACGCUCAAGCGCAUCUUUCUCUACAUCCAGAUUCCCACGCUGCACAUCCAAUACCGGAAACAGCCGCGGGAGCGGGCGGAAGUCAGGACGGAGAAGUGCUCCGCACAGCGCGGUUCAACUUCAGUUGCAGAUCUGGUGGCCUUCGAGGGGCUGAAGACCACCAUCCUCCACAGGGUUGCGCUCAGGCACACAGCCAUUCUUCUGAUGGCUCUGAGGCCAAGGCAAGGACAGAGGUCAGGCCUGGGCUGGCCUGAAAACUAUAAUCAGUGGCCCUGUAACCCAGGACCAGUAACCCAGGCCAAGGCCGGGGAUGGAGCAGUGGCCAGGACACAGAAAGUGACUGUGGCCAUGGCUACGGCAAAGGAAGUGAGCAAGAUGGAAGCAAAGAGUAAGACUAGAGUCAUGGCUGAAACUAAGGCAAAACCCCUGGCAGAACCUGGUGUAGUGCCCCAAAACAAUUCAAAAGCCAUGCCUACAUCCAGGUUCAGUGCUGUGCACAAGUAUGAAGUCAAGGCUGAUGCUGGAAGUGAAACCAAUAUCGGGUCCUUUUCCAAGGCUGAUAAUAAGGCCGAUAUUGGAUCCAGACCCCUGAGAAGGAAAGAGGCCAGCACCAAGGUCAGGGAUGGGGACAGAGCUGGUAUAAUCGAGUCCAAUGAUGAGGAUGAAGAAAAUGUCUGCUCCUGGUUCUGGACUGGAGAAGAGCCUAGUUUAGGAUCCUGGUUCUGGCCUGAAGAAAAGAACCCAUUUCAAGCUUAUAAACCUCCACCACCUAAGACCAAGGAAGAGCCCCAUCCCAGACCCUGUUGUGAUCUUCCUAUAAAGCGAAGAGCAGCAGCAUGGUCAAGGGCCAGGUAUAGUGUCCUAGUCCCAAUAGAUGGAGGGAAACCAUCCUUGCCUCCAGAAGGGAAUUGGACUCUGGUUUCGACCUUGAUUGAAACUCCCCUGGGUAUUCGGCCUCUGACCAAGAUCCCACCCUUUGAUGAUGGGCCUUACUUCCAGACCUUAGCUGAUCUCAAAGAGCAGAUUAGGUAUAGGGAAAAGUAUGGGCCCAAUCCAAAAAACUGCCGCUGCAAAUCACGUGUCUUCAGUUUAGAGCCUAAAGAGUUUGAUAAACUUGUUGCCCUACUUACGUUAACUAGAGAUCCUUUCAUUCAUGGAAUAGCAAAGAUGAUAAUGGGCAUCAGUCCUGCUUAUCCAUUUACCCAAGAUAUCGUUCAUGAUGUAGGUAUUACUGUUAUGAUUGAAAACCUGGUCAAUAAUCCCAAUGUUAAAGAACACCCCAGAGCUUUAAAUAAAGCGGAUGACAGCUCUGAAUCUUCUGAAGAAGCAAAAUCAGAAGAGUUGUAUGUAAAUGAUGUCUGUAAGGACAUAAUCUCUUAUCCUUUGAACUCCCCCAUGCAACAUGCCGAAUUAAAAUUAUUGGAGCACUUGAGUAUGAAAUUUGAGAAUCACCAUAUGAUUUCCCAUUAUAUUCCAGAUCUCCUCGACUUGUUAAGCAAGGGAAAUGUCAAAACCAAGUAUUAUGUUUUAAAAGUGUUCUCGCGCUUAGCUAAAAAUCAAGCUAAUACAAGAGAACUGAUCAGUGCCAAAGUACUGUCAUCAUUGGUUGCACCCUUUAACAAGAAUGAGUCAAAGGCCAAUAUUCUUAAUAUUAUUGAAAUUUUUGAGAAUAUAAAUUUCCAAUUCAAAAAGAAGGUGAAGUUAUUUACCAAGGAAGAGUUCACUAAAUUUGAACUUAUUUCCAUAUUCCAGGAAGCAAAACAGUUUAGUGAGAAACUCCAAGACUUAGCAGAGCACAGUGAUCCUGAGGUGAGAGAUAAAGUUAUACGAUUAAUACUCAAACUCUGAAUAGCUGAAUGUUCUCACAAAGCCUUGAAUAAUUUUUGGUGUAAUAUGAAACCAAUGCAUAUUAUAAGUUCAGUAUUUAUGUUAUCUGUGUUGUUUGAAGGACAAUUUUAUGGAUACCAAAUGAUGAUGUUCAUUUUUAUUGUGCUAUAUAAAUUGAGAUAUUUUCAUUAUUUGUGUAACAUGACCUAAUAAUGAAACUGUUCAUCCUGAGUAAGAUAUACUUCUGUGCUUUAUAUAGACAUAAGUGUAUUCAUUUGAGACUUCAUUUACAUAAUAAAGUUGCAUGCUAAAACUGGU